CGAAGGAUCAUGUCUGCGAGUCAGGAUUCCCGAUCCAGAGACAAUGGCCCCGAUGGGAUGGAGCCCGAAGGUGUCAUCGAGAGUAAUUGGAAUGAAAUUGUUGACAGCUUUGAUGACAUGAACCUCUCCGAAUCCCUCCUCCGUGGCAUCUACGCCUAUGAUUUUGAGAAACCCUCUGCCAUCCAGCAGCGAGCCAUUCUUCCUUGUAUCAAGGGUUACGAUGUGAUCGCUCAAGCGCAAUCUGGGACUGGGAAAACGGGCACUUUUGCCAUAUCAAUUCUGCAGCAAAUUGAACUGGAUUUAAAAGCCACCCAGGCCUUGGUGCUGGCACCAACUAGAGAGUUGGCUCAGCAGAUACAAAAGGUGGUCAUGGCAUUAGGAGAUUACAUGGGUGCCUCCUGCCACGCCUGCAUCGGGGGUACCAACGUGAGUGCUGAGGUGCAGAAGCUGCAGAUGGAAGCUCCCCAUAUCAUUGUGGGUACCCCAGGCCGUGUGUUUGACAUGCUUAACCGGAGAUACCUGUCUCCCAAAUACAUCAAGAUGUUUGUGCUGGAUGAAGCUGAUGAAAUGUUAAGUCGAGGAUUCAAGGAUCAGAUUUACGAUAUAUUUCAAAAGCUCAACAUUGAAGUUAGUAAUAAUUUAUUAUACUUCUAA